CCGAAGCAGGUGACCCUCCUCCUGAAAUCCAGAGAUCGUGGUAUAAUUUCGCAGCCAGAAAGGACAGCUGGAUAGAUGAAGCUGGACGACAAGCAGAAGCGACUGGGCCACGAGCCUCCCAAGUACCUCAACGAGGACUUCUUCAAGGCGGCGCUUGAGGACGGACUUCGAGACAUGCGGGUGGACAUCAAGAAGAUCAUCUUUUCCGAGUCGAGCGGUGGCGGCGGUGAGAACUACUGCAGCAAAAUCUAUAGGGCCAAGGCACUUUACCGCAGCAGCAAGAGGCAGCUGGACGAGGAGCUGGCCCUGAUUGUCAAGAGUAUUGCCAUCACGCCGGCCACCCAGUUCCUCGAGGAGCUGGCCGUGUAUCUGCGCGAGAAGAUAUUCUACUUCGACGUCCUCGGCAAACUGGAAGUCUUGAUCGGCGACGGGUCCAAGUUUGGAGCCAAGUGCCUGUACACAACCCGCGAGCCCAUCCAGACGAUCGUCUUCGACGACCUCACCCAGUACGGCUACAAGCUAGCCAGCAGGCAGAGCGGGCUUAACGAGGAGCACUGCGUGGUCAUCCUCAAGAAGCUGGGCAAGUUCCACGCCAGCUCAAUGGUGCUGGCCGAGAAGGAACCAAGUGUUCGCGAGCACUUCACCACCGGUAUGCUGGACGAAAACUACAUCAGAACCAACGAGCGAUUCAUCAACUUCAUGACCCUCCAGUGCCGGACUUUGGCCAACGUCGUCUCCAAGUGGCCCGGCUACGAGCUGCUGGCAGAGAAGCUGCACCGCCACUGCGACAACAUCAAGGAGAACCUCGUGACCACCGGGCGGCCGCUGCCCGGAGAGAUCACUGUGCUUAAUCAUGGCGACCUGUGGGUAAACAACUUCAUGUAUAAAUACGACGACGAGCAGCCCACGAAGCCCAUCGAUGCCAUAUUCGUGGAUUUCCAAAACAGCUUCUUCGGCAGCCCAGGCUGCGACAUAAACUUCUUCCUAAACAGCAGCGUCCAGCUGGACGUGUUGAUCCACCGGCGCGAGUUCCUUAUCCAGACGUACUACGCUUCCCUAAGGGACAGCCUGGAGCGGAUGCACUCGGCGUUUGUGCCCAGCUACGCGGAUAUUCAACAGGAGAUCCGGGCCAGAGAACUGUACGGCUUCUUCUCGUCCUACGCCUUUCUGCCGAUGGUGACCAUGAAGAAGGAGGACUCGUACGACAUCAGCAUAGAGGCGCUGUCGGACCAGGACUUCGCCAAGAAGAAGGUCCAGCUGAUGUUCUCCUCCAAUCCCCGCACCACGGACACCUUGCGCUACGCCCUGCGUCGCUUCGAUGACCUGGGAAUAUUCGAUUGAUGGGUAGCGCAGGACCGUGGGACACGGAUCCCCAGAUCCUUUAAUACUUAGGCUUAUCGAGAAUUUUGCUACUUUUACCAAUGGUUUUUUUUUUGUUUUUGUUUGUAAACAGUACGUAGAGUUAAGCGUAUUCUAUAAAUUAAUCAUUAUACCUACUCAUAAAUAAUAAAUAGUUGCCUAUUUGGGGUUUUCAUUUUCACAAAGAUGCAUAUGAGUUAUGUUCUGGAGCUUUAAAGGAUUAUUAAAACACUUAUUGAACCAC